GUUUUGAAUAGGUAUUUAUCAAGUGCUACUUGUCAGUUGUCACAGAAGCUAUCGCAAUGUUCGGCUGUUGUUGGUGUUGUGCUGCGUUACGUCCGAGAUACAAGAGGCUCGUUGAUAAUAUUUUUCCGGUUAAUCCUCAGGAUGGCUUGAUUAAAAACAAUAUGGAGAAACUAACAUUUUAUUCGUUGAGCAGUCCUGAGAAAUUAGAUAGGAUUGGAGAAUAUCUGUUUCAACGAGCUUCUAGGGAUAUUUAUAGGAGACGAAAUGGCUUUGUUGUGAUCGCCAUGGAGGCAAUGGACCAACUCCUGGUAGCUUGUCAUGCACAAACUCUGAAUCUAUUUGUUGAGAGUUUCUUGAAAAUGGUACAAAAAUUGCUGGAAUCUACUGAUCCUCAAUUACAAAUUCUUGCAACGCAGUCUUUUGUCAGAUUUGCUAAUAUUGAGGAAGACACACCCUCGUAUCAUACUCGUUAUGAUUUCUUCGUGUCGAAAUAUUCGGCAAUGUGCCAUUCUAAUAAUGAUGAUCCCACUACACGCAAGCAAAUUAGGCUUGCUGGAAUUCAAGGGUUGCAGGGCGUUGUGAGAAAAACUCUUUCUGAUGAUUUGGUUGAGAAUAUCUGGGAACCUGUACAUAUGGACAAGAUUGUACCAUCAUUAUUAUACAACAUGCAAAAUUCAAGAUAUGCUGAUAAGGAAGACACAACACCGGACAGUCCAACUGAAGAACGAUCGGAUCCACCGCAGUUUGCGGAAACUUGUAUGCGAGAACUGAUCGGACGCGCAUCAUUUGGUCAUAUUAGAUGUGUUAUAAGACCUGUGUUGAGGCAUCUGGACAAUCAUCAGUUAUGGGUCCCUAACUACUUCGCAAUUCAUACUUUCAGAAUAAUUAUGUUUUCCAUUCAAUCACAAUAUUCCUAUACUGUAGUGGAAGCUUUAAUGACACAUCUUGAUGAUCACUCAAAAUCGUCCCCUAAGAUUCGCACUAGCAUUGCGGAUACUUUGUCUAAAAUUAUAUCAAUUGCUGCAGGUGAAAGUGUUGGACCAUCUGUGUUAGAAAUUAUAAAUUCCUUAUUAUCUCACCUACGAGUUAGUGUAACGAGGAACCAAUCAUCAAGUAGUGAUGAGCAAUUGUAUCAAGAAGCUCUUAUUAAUGCUCUUGGAGAGUUCGCAAAUCAUCUUCCAGAUUACCAGAAAAUUGAGAUUAUGAUGUUCAUUAUGAGUAAAGUUCCAUACAGUCAGCCUGAUCGUAUCGUAUCGGUCGGCAAAGGAGAUGUAUUACUUCAAAGCAUACUUUUAAAGUCGCUAUUAAAGGUUGGCACCAAGUACCAAACUAUUCAUUUGAACACAACAUUUCCACCCAGUUUCUUGGAUCCAUUACUAAGAAUGUCAUUGGCAGCAGAUGCUGAAAUGAGACUUCUUGUACAGAAAAUAUUCCAUACCUUAAUCGACAGACGACGGAAUAUUACAAAACUCGCUAAACCAACUGUGAACGUAGCAGAGCUCGAUCUUGCUAUUGAAAAAGCCUCUAGACCUGAUGUAAUCUUUAUUCGGAAACACGGUCCUGAAAUCUACUUGGCGCUGUAUGAAUCAUUAGAGCUGUCUAGUAAUACAGUAGAAAAUGUGGAAUCUAUUUAUACCACACUGGCGUUACUUGCCAUUGAAUUAGCUUCUGAGGAAACAGUAUUAGAGUUACUGAGAUUGGUAUUGAGCCUGCAAGACUUGGCACUGACAAGUGGUCAAAUUAGUCUUCCGCUUAAAUUCAAUUUACACGCAAUAGUUAUCAGCUUACUAAUUUUAAUAUCGUAUGUUUGUAAUAUUACCGCUCUCAUGGAUUAUGCGAAAAAGGUGAUAGAUGCACGUCGAAACGAUAGCCCUCAUUUACUACCAAAUUUACAAUCUCAAUAUGAUACUGGUCUAACAUCCAGAUUAGCGCCAGCUCUUUUAGUCGACCAAACUGUUGUCAGCGAAUGUCUAAAAGGAGCUGGUCUUGAUAGUGGAAAAUUACAACAAGGUUCAGGCUACAGUGGGAAUUCUUUACAACACAGGCAUUCAUGGGUUGAUGCUGGACGGAAUUCACUAGCUGACAUUAAUUCUGGAGGUCCAGAAUUGGAUAGUGGAGGUUCAUCACCGGGUGUACAAAAGAAAUUACCUGGAGAAGAAUUAACAUUCGAAAGCAUGAAAAGAAUUUUGACAGAGAGCAACAAUAAUCAAGUAAUAGAAGAAGAGAAGCGAAUGCAACUUUCUCAGUUUUUUAGAAAUGCACCAUUCCAAGAUUUAGUAUCAAAAACACAACCAAAGCACGAUGUUUUACAGAGUAAGUUAUCAGAGAUAUUUAAUACGCUAUCCGUUGAUCCGCGCAAUACGGUUCCUACGACCGGACCACAGACAGAUACUAAACCAAGUCAAACUCCAGCUUACGAAAUUCAUUUCCCAGAGUUGUUUGUAUAUUAAACUGCUAAUGUUCCUGUUGCAUUAACAUUAAGUGCCAUUUAGUGCUACAAAUGCUUCAAAACAUUUGAUUGACCAAUUGAAAGAAAGAAUUUUACUAAUUGAUCAAUCAAUGAAUGCUUCAAAGCAUUUCUAUAAAGCAUCAAAUGGACUGUAGCUAUUAAUAUAGUGUUGCAUUAUAUUAAAUCUACAUAUUACUGAGCAUGAACAAUAGCUCCUAUACUUUAAAGAUUGACUUGUGUACAUA